AUGUCGGCCCCAGCCCGACCAGACCCACCCAUCGUAGGGAAGGUGACACACCACAGUAUUGAGCUGUACUGGGACCACGCACAGGCAUGGACAGACGGGGGAGCAGGAGACACCGGCAACGGGGGGAGGGUUCAUUUCUGCCUGCAGGAGGAGGACAAGAACAAGGGCUUCGCUACCAUCUACGUAGGCUAUGCGAAGACGUACACAAUAGAAGGUCUGGACCCGCUGACCCAGUACAGGUACAGACUCCGGGCUGUCAAUGAUGAAGAGGCCAGCGGCUUCAGUCCGGCGAUCACAGUGUCCACUACACGAGAACCUCUCACAUCGGAGCAUCUGCACAAGGCUGUAAACAACAAUGAUGUGCAAGCUGUCAUUCAGAUUCUGGAGGCUGGAGAGACCACAGAACACAUUUCUCCUAGUGAGGAUGGGGAGACCAAGUGGUGCAGGUUUCGGAGGGAUGUCGGGGUGGACGUUCCUGACAAGUACGGUCUGACUGCUCUGAUGAGCGCAUCACAGAGGGGAUUCAGUGGCAUCAUCGAUGUUCUGAUGAAAUGUGGGGCCAGCGUGCAGGAGAAGAACAGCAGUGGGAAGAACUGCUUGAUGCUGGCGUGCUUCGCCGGCCACCUGGAGAUUGUGAAGCAGCUGCGGGGUUACGGCUGUGACUGGGAGACGCGUGACCUGGGCGGCUGCACGGCCAUGCACUGGGCGUGUGACGGCGGCCACGGACAGGUCGUGGAGUGGAUGAUACAGGACGGAGCAGAGGUUGAUGUGAAGGACUACAAGUCUGGCUGGACUCCCCUGUUCCGGGUGGCAGCCCUGAACGGAGACCCUCAGAUCGCACAACUCCUCAUCCGGGCUGGAGCUGACGUCAACAGGAAGGACAAGGAUGGAAAAACACCACUCAUGAUUGCAGCUCUGAAUGGUCACAAGAAACUGGUGCAGCUACUGGUGGAGUCAGGGGCAGACUUCAAGGUCAAGAAUGAGUUUGGAAGCCGUGCAGUGGAGAUGGCUCACACUUUUGACAGACGGCCUGUUGUGAAGUACUUGGAGGAACUUCAGGAGAGUGAUGAGGAGAAGAGGAAACAGAGACUGCAGCAGGUCAAGCUGCGACCCACGUCCCACUAGUGCAUCCAGUUUGGCCACAGGACUGACCAGUGAACUGACCAUGCCACCCACAUAAUACUAGUGUGUCCAGUCUGGCCAGUGAACUCACCAUGCCACUCACACCAUACUAGUUUGCCUAGUCUGGGAUACUUUGGACACUUUAUUACUCCAUUAUAUUAGCUUUGUCUACAAGGCUUUUCUUCCUGGAGUUGUUUUUAAAGAGACAUGUGUAUCUAAUUAGCCAGUAAUAACUGCCCCUCGGCAUAACACAUCAGUUUCUGCAUCUGUAUCUGUACCUGUAUAGCCAGUAUAACUGCCCCUCAGCAAAGCACACCAGCAUAUAGGGGCCUAACCAGUGGAAGGGCUGCUAAAUACAUGUCAGGCAACACUCUCUGAGGUUUUAUUGUUUUGUGUUGCACUCAUCAUAACCAGUGAACUGUUUAGGAAUGGCCCAAUGUUAUCAGUGCACCGUCCACUUCUCAUAAGUUUGUGGUCCACAGCGUUGACCACUAUUCAUUCAGUGUUAAACAGAGAGAGCAGUAUACUGCAGGUUCAUUUCAGUUAAUUUUCACAGCACAGUGAAAAUCAAGAGUUUGUUGUAUCUUCCAGUCUGCAGUUUAAAUGAUUGUAGUCCAAAUGUAGCUGUAAAACGAAUGUUUAUCGGUGUGAUAAUUCUGUGGGGAGAAGUCAGCCUAAAAACUGUCAACUUAAAAACAGUGAAUAUUUCAAAGUCUACAGUAGCUGAAUUCGUACACGGACAAAAGGGUAAGUCUGGUGAUAGAUGUAACUUUCAUACAAGUUGCCAGAUUUGUGUUAUUACCUGGCCACUGUCUUUUAACAACUUCAACAUUGUAGUGCCUUACUAGUGGCCAAUCUAAGCCUCAAACAUGCCAGUAGUGGUUCUUCUAGCAUCUCAUUCAUAAGCCAUCUACAGUAAAUGUUGGUCAUAUGACAG